AUGGACUCUCCAACAAGUUGGACUGUGGCUGCGGGUUGCUGUUGGAUCAACUUUUUUUACUUCGCCAUCUUUCGAUCUGCGGCCAUUGUUUAUGUGUCCAUUCUAACUUCGCUCGACACGUCCAGGGCAGAAGCAGCAUGGCCGAUCACGGUGAUGAGUGUUGUUUGCUGUUUUCCGCUUACAGGGCCAGUGGUGGGGUGGCUGGCGAGUCGCAUCGCAGUGUGGAAACUGACCGUCUCCGCGUGCCUGGUGGGAUCCCUGGCCGUCUCUGCUUGCUUCUUGGCCAACGGGAUCUGGUUCCUCAUCGUGUCCAUAGGAAUCGUCCACGGUGUCAGCAUGGCCUUCACUAUGCUUUGCAACACAGUCAUCAGAGCCCACUUCACCCGUAACAGAGCGCUUGCCUGUGGCAUAAACUACGCAGGACAGACCCUUUCGGGCCUAGUCUUUCCGCCACUGGUACAGUUCUUCCUUGAGAAAUACGGCCAAAAAGGAAUGUUCUUGGUGACCGGAGCCUUGAUGCUGAACUCCACUGCGGGAGCACUGUUGCACCUCCUUCCACCGGAAACGCCCGGCAAGCCCGCAUCAAUCUUCGAUGAUGGCAAGAAGCUUGAGAUGCCUCUCGAUAUAACGUGUUCAGAUAAAAUCGGUCUUCAAGACUGCACUGCUGAUCCCACGGGAUGUGCGUUGUCCGCCGAAGACAAAGGUUUAUUGACACAAGAUGAUGGUUCUGACAAAAGCGAAACAGUCCAGGGGGUACGGGAUCAUCUAAGCCUUCAGCAGGCUAUGUUGUCAGAGUCACAAAACAUGGAAGAUCCGCAAAAUAAGAAGCAAAAAGAAUGUUACAACAAGAAGUGUGUGAGUUCAUACAAUCGGCAUGAUGAUGUGCGCGAUGUACACGACGAGACGGCUACCUACAGUGUAAAGACUUUCAGCAAUCGAAGCAAGAUCACCUCGCCAUCGUAUCUCAGGCGUCCUCAGUUCUACAUCGUCGCUCUAACGUGUUCGGUCAUCGUUUUUAACAUGUCCACGUACUCGGCCGUCAUUGUUGACUUUGCAACCGACCGAAAGAUCUCCAAAUGGAAUGCCGUCUUGCUUAUCACAAUCUACGCGAUCUCCGACUUGGUGUCCAGGAUGGGGUCAGGUUCCAUCACAGACAAGGGAUUCCUCAAGAAGAGCUCGAUGAUGGCUGGCAAUCUUCUUCUCUGGGCAAUUUCUCUGUGUGCAAUGCCUUUCUGCUACUCGUUUUACCUUCAUGCCAUUCAAGCGGUCAUCUUUGGGUUGUGCAGCGGCGCUACUUUUAUUCUGAUGCCAGUCUUGCUCAUGGAGCUUGUGAACGCCAACAAGUUCAACGAGUGUUUAGGAUUUGCGACUUUGAUCGCAGGAAUACCACUUCUUCCGAGGCCACUUCUGAUUGGCUACUUCAGGGACAGUCUAGGAGACUACCAAGGAUUAUUCGUACUCAUGGGUGUGGUCACUGCGCUUAGUGCCUUCAGCUGCCUAUUUCUGCGAGAGAAUCAUGGAGAGAGAACGAAUCUUUUUUACGAAAAGAUUCGCGCGUAUUGUGACGGAAAAAGCGUCACAAGUGUCACAAAAACAAGUACCUAG